AGCUGCCCACACGCGCAGCGGGGGCAGGAGAAAUCGCCCACGCGCUUGCUUGCGCCAAUCGCGCCAGACGCCGGCUGCGAGUAUCCAGCAGCAGCCGAGCCGGUGAAUUACAGCGGAGUGAGGCGACCGUUGCGGCGCCUCGCCUCGCAUUAAACUACCCUGCCGCCCCCCACGCCCCACCCCCGCUCCACGCCGCGCACGGCCGGCGGCACGGCGUCCCGUCCGGCGAGUUGAACUGAGUUGAGUUCAGCCGGCGGCGCGAGGCGCGGGGGCCCGAUCGCUUCGGGUCCGGCCUCCAGGUGGGUGGAUCCGUCCUCGCUCCGGGUCUGUCCCACAGACUGCUCCCCGUCGCCGCUCCCGCUCUCGUUCGGGGUGUGAUCUGGGGCGCCGGCGUUGAGGAAGCUGCGUGAUCUUCCGCAGGAAUUUUGAUCUGAUCGGGCGGCCGUUCUCGGAGUCGAGGAUCUUGAUUCGGUUUGCGCGACGGGGUGCAGGCGCGCUUUUUCUGUCCCGGCUCCUCACGUCGGAUUUGACACAAGGAAUCGGUUUUCUUCAACUCGUGUCGAAGCUGAUUUGGUCAAACUCUGACCGACGGGAGGGGAAUUUUUUCUGCUUCGGUUUGGAUUUGGCUUCGACAAAGGGUGGAAGGUGGUUGGCCAUUAUAUUGCCGCUGCUGAACUUUCUGGCUUCUGCUGCCCGUUGGAUCGAAGAGCAGUUCACCGUGCCGUCCCAAGAAUAGCAGAACACAAGAGGGUUACCGUAGGAGCUCUUGCGGGAAGUGCUGGUUUUUGGCUGUUUGAGUGCAGUCGCAUCCAAAAUUGGAUUUUUGGGGCUGCGAGAGUAUUCCGAGGCAUCAGGACUCGCGGGUGCUUCAGGAAGACGACUUGUUCAGCUCGUUCUUUUGUUGGUGGGAUCGGAGACUAGAAUCGAAGAGAAAUGGGGGUGAUGUCGAGGCGGGUGCUGCCCGCCUGCAGCAGCCUCUGCUACUUCUGCCCCUCGCUGCGGGCGCGCUCCCGGCAGCCUGUCAAGCGGUACAAGAAGAUCAUCUCGGAGAUCUACCAGCUGCCACCGGAUGGAGAACCAAAUGAUAGAAGAAUUGGGAAACUCUGUGAUUAUGUCUCGAGAAAUCCAACACGCAUACCAAAGAUCACAGAGUAUCUUGAGCAGAGAUUCUACAAAGAUCUGAGGCAUGAGAAUUUCACUUUGGCCAAAGUUGUGCCAUGCAUCUAUAGAAAACUUCUCUGCUCAUGCAAGGAGCACAGGCCAUUGCUAGCCACAAGCUCAUUAUGCACCAUUCGCACUCUUCUUGAUCAGAGAGCGCAUGAUGAUCUACAGGUUCUGGGUUGUCUAAUGCUUGUUGACUUUCUCAAUGGCCAGGUUGACAGCACACAUAUGUUUAAUUUGGAAGGUCUGAUACCAAAACUUUGCAAAAUUGGUCAUGAGCUAAGGGAAGAUGAUGAAGGGCUCCGUCUUCGAUCUGCUGCACUUCAGGCUCUUGCUUCUAUGGUCCAAUACAUGGGUGAUCAUUCUCACAUUUCAAUGGAACUCGAUGAAGUUGUCUCAGUGAUCAUAAGCUGUUAUGAGGUUAAUCAAACUCUCUCAAUAAAAGAGGUUGUCAGACUUCAAGAUGAUGAUGAUUUGGUCAUUAAUGGGAACUUGGCUGUGGUACCAGUGUCUGGGCAAAAUAGUGCCAAAGUGGCAUCUGAUACAAUGUCUGUGUCUGAAAAUCCAGCGCAUUGGGCAAGGGUUUGCUUGCGUAAUAUGGCUAAUAUUGCAAAGGAGGCAACAACAGUGCGGCGUGUUCUUGAUCCUCUUUUCCGCCUUUUUGACAGCCAUGACUACUGGUCUCCUGAGAAUGGGAUUGCCCUUUCUGUUCUGCAAGAAAUGCAGAAACUGAUGGACAAAUCAGGGCAACAUGGCCAUUUGUUGUUAUCUUUCACUAUAAAGCACAUAGAUCAUAAGGUUAUUGCCAAGGAACCUGCCAAACAAAUCAGCAUUCUUAAAGUUGCUUCAAGUCUUGCAAGGCAUGCAAAGUUGAAGGCAUCAGUGACAAUAGCAAGCGCAAUCAGUGACUUAAUAAAGCAUUUGCGCAAAUGUAUGCAUUUUGCUAUUGAAGCAUCCAAUGCUCAUGCUGAUGAUGGCAAAUGGAAUAGCGCACUUCAUGUGGCCUUGGAGGAUUGCCUCGUGCAGUUGACAGAAAAGGUUGCGGAUGUUAGUCCUAUUCUUGAUAUGAUUGGGGUAAUUCUCGAGAAUCUCUCUCAUACUGCUACCAUCGCAAGAUCAACAAUUUCAUCUGUUUAUCGCACAUCACAAAUUGCAGCUUCUAUCUACAAGUCAUCGUACCAUCAGAAGGCAUUUCCUGAAGCUUUAUUUCACCAGCUUCUCUUAGCAAUGUUGCAUCCAGACAAUAAGACAAGGAUUGGUUCACAUCGUGUUCUAUCCACCAUCGUCGCACCUUCUCUGCUGUGUCCAUGGUCAGCCAUGAGCUUUCCAAUCCCAGUAAAGAGCGAUGAUUUGCAGAACUUAUAUUUGUUGGCUCUCUCAGCUUUCUCUUCUGAAGCCAUAAUCAAUGAAAUUAGGACCAAAAACUACAUCCAAGAAUCCUUGCAGAAAAAUGGCAGAUCAGAAGCUAUACUUGGUACUGGGAAUGGAUGCACACAGACAGAAUCAAAUGCAAGGCAGUAUCUAGGGAGCCCAUGUCUGAAUGAACAUCAUUUUACAGCAUUUAACGAUGAAAAUCUAAAGUUCAUGAAGCUGAACAACCACCAGAUUGUUCUUCUUCUUUCAUCUAUUUGGAGUCAAGUAUCUCUGGAGGAUAACUCACCUGCGAAUUUUGAAGCAAUGUGCCAUAUCUACAACAUUGCUUUAUCUUGUUCGAAAUCAAAAAGCUCCAGUCAUGUGGCACUAGUUCGCUGUUUCCAGUUGGCAUUCUCUCUCAGGAGAAAGUCUCUUAGUCAAGAAAAUGAUUUGCAGCCAUCUCGUAGAAGGUGUUUGUAUACAAUGGCAUCAGCAAUGCUCAUCUUUUCAGCCAAAAUAGCUGAUCUUCACCAGAUAAUUCCUCUCGUCAAAGCAGCAGCACCAGAGAAAAUGGUUGAUCCUCAUCUUUGCGUAAUGGAUGACUGCCAACUCGUUAACACCUCUGCAGAGUCUUCUAACAGUGAGAUGGUUUUUGGUUCUGAGGAAGAUGAAAGUAAUGCACAGGCCUUUCUUUCAGCCAUAAACAAGGAUGAUGUGGAGUUGAUAGAAACCGUGAUGUCCCAUUUUAAGAAGAAAUUUGAAAAUUUACCAGAGAAGUUUAACGGGAUAGAAGAACAACUUCUUCAAGAGUUUUCCCUGGAUGAUUCAUUUCCUCUUGGCGCUCCACUAUUCAUGGAGACACCACACUCUUGUUCGAUAUAUGCUGAAAAGGACGACCACUGUUUUGAUGAGGAUGGUGUUCCUUCUGAGCUAGAUGAUGAUGACGACAUCAUCUUUGAACACAGUGGAUCUCAAUCUGACAGGAAAACAUCUGGUUCUAUGGCUUCAUCAGAUGUUCUAACGGUUAAUCAACUAAUAGAAUCUGUUCAUGAGACAGCAAGGCAAGUCGCUAGUGUUCCAGUUUCUGCCAACCCUGUACCUUAUGACCAAAUGAAGAGCCAAUGUGAAGCCCUGGUUAUGGAAAAACAACAGAAGAUGUCUGUUCUCUUGAGCUUCAAGCAUUCGAGGACUAACUCCCAUGGCUCAACCGGGUUGGAUGGGCUUGAAACGAACGAGUCAUCCCUGCGAUCCGAGCCUGAGUUGCAAUCAACUAGGAAGGGCCGCAUGCGACGCAGCGAUUCAGCAUCCAGCGAAUCUGACUGUUCGUUCAGGCUGCCACCUGCAAGCCCAUACGACAAGUUCCUGAAAGCGGCUGGACGGUAGCUUGGCACGGCUUCGUGAAGCUUCGUGACGCUUCACUUUUCAAGUCUGUAUACAAGAGAGUUUGCAAGAUUUUCAUGCCAUUCCUUGCCCCCCGUUCUUACUCCCUGUUCUGGGAGUUUUCUUUCAAGUGUACAUUGACACUCCUCGACAAGGUGUACAAAUUUUUAUUACUUUUGGAGACUAAUAAUAAACGGAAAUGUAUAGGUAAUCGCACAAGUUCUUGUAUCAUAAAGUAUUUGUUCAUUUGUUCGUCGUGAAAGGAAUAAAUUUUACCCAAA